CGGAGAGACAAGCAGCGACGAACGAGAAGGACUUUUUUCUCUUGUUCUCUCGCGGUCCGCCCAGCACACCACAGCGCUUGUCCGCGGCUGCAGGGGCGCUGUCUCUUUCACCGGUUCUUUUCAUAUCUGCAUUUUUUUUCUAUUUUUCUGCUCUUUCGACGAGUACGUAUUUCUUGGACUUGUGUGUCUGCUGUCUCGCCCCUUUCCUUUUUUUGCGCGCCUCUUCUCCCUGGUUCAAGUUCUACUCGAUCUCCCGGUGUGCUCAGUUUCUUGACUUCCGUAUAGUUCUAGUCCUUCAUGUUUCUUCCUCGCGAAAAAGAAUUUAUUUCCGCCAUCCACUUGCGCUGACUCUCGAUUUCCGGAAUCCGUCGCUGGUAGAAAAGUCUCCAUCAAGGCCAUCUCAAGUUUUUUUUCUUCUCUCUCGCAAGCGCCGUGAGUUCUCCCUGUUGGGAAUCUCUUGUCUCCGUCUGUCCCGGUGUACAUACACCGCAGGGAAGGUCCGUCCCUCCUCACACAAAGCCCCAUACGCGUUCAGCGUCUGAUCCGCGAGGUUCGCUUUUUCACUCGAUGCUCCAAAGAAAGCCAGAACGCUGCGUUCUCGCGCGACUUGUGCCUUUCUCCUCUCUUCUUUCUGUAGGCUCGAAGCCUCGCUUUUCUGUUCCUGUGCUCAUCACACCCCAACAACUCGCUCGCGCUCUCCGUCGUCGACUCCCUCUCUCAUUUCUUCACUCAUCCAGAAGCCGACUCCCCUCUGUCUGCGUCGCCGUCCCCGGUUCGUCUCUCUUCCCCCGAGGCUCUCUGCAGCUUCUUACUGUCCUCUUCUUCUUCUUCUCCUUUGCCGGCGACCUCGCGCCUUUGCGUCGUGUGUCUCUGAAGCAAGAGAGAGCAUUUUUUGUUCUCCGUUUCUUCAAAAGAAGUCACCGACGCCCGCCACACAAUGGAGACGCAUCUGGGUCGUCGAGAGGGCGACGAGAACCUCGCGCCUCAGAGUCAGUCUGGAAAGGACGAAACCUCUUCCACGACGCUGGACUCCAUCUGGAUUGAAAAAUAUAGACCUGAAACUCUCGACGAUGUCGUCGGAAACGAUCAAGUUAUGCGGCGCCUCAGAAUCAUCGCCAGAGAGGGGAACAUGCCUCACCUCAUGCUGGCCGGACCGCCAGGGACAGGGAAAACGUCCAGCGUGCUCUGCCUCUGCAAACAGCUGCUUGGCAGUCGAUGGCGCGCAUACACUUUGGAACUUAAUGCUUCCGAUGAACGCACGAUCGAUGUCAUUCGCGAAAAGGUGAAACACUUUGCGAAAGAGAAGCGCGACCUCCCUGCUGGCAGACACAAAAUUGUCAUUCUGGAUGAAGUGGAUGCCAUGACAGAAGCCGCCCAGCAGGCCCUGCGCCGCAUCAUGGAGCAGUUCAGCGACACCACACGAUUCGCACUUGCAUGCAAUUCUUCGGCGUCCGUCAUCGAGCCGCUGCAGUCUCGCUGUGCCAUUCUUCGCUUCCGGAAACUCGACGACUCGCAGCUGGUGCGUCGGCUGCGGCAAGUCUGCGCCAUGGAGGCCCUGCAGGUGACAGACGACGGAAUAGAAGCAAUUGUCUUUUGCGCGGACGGCGACAUGCGAAGUGCUCUGAAUAAUCUUCAGUCGACUGUCUCAGCCUUUGGAGUCGUCAACAGAGAAAACGUCGAAAAGGUUUGUGACAAUCCGCCUCCGGAGGCUGUGCGGUCGAUGCUGAUGGAGUGUCUGGCGGGAAAGUGGAGAGAGGCACACGACAUCGCGGCCGAGUUGCUUCGCCGCGGAUACACUCCGAUGGAUGUUGUGCUGACGACGCGGUCCGUGCUCAGCCGCUUCGAGAACGAAUGCAAGGAGCAUAUUCUCCUCGAGUACCUCAAAUACGUCGGCCUCGCCCAUAUGACAAUGUCGGCUGGUCUCAGCACCCCUCUGCAGCUCGACAAGAUGCUGGCGAAUCUUUGUCGGGUCUCUCUGGUCCUACCGGCUUAAAGACGGACAUUUCCGGUGGGUGCGGAUUCCAACACAGUUCGCAACCAGGGUGUUGGUAUUCAAACAGGGAGGGCACCCGUUCCCAGAGGGACGUCUUAACGCGUGCGACGGAUUUGGAGUCUGUGUCUCUAACCAUUUGAACAGAAAGACUCUCGUGACAUCUAAAAGCGACCG